UCUCUGACUCAUUUAAAAGAAUGCGCUUCUAAUUUUCUUUGCUAAGCUUUAAACACUUUUGUGCAAUUUGUGACCACUCGACGUCAUGCAUGCUGCUUAUUUUUCUUCAGCUCUAAUCAAAUAGGCUUCGGAAGUUGGAUGCUAACACGCUAGCUACCGGGCUAACUGGGCUACAAUUCUCUACGUGUCUGGAUCGUUUUGUCUUAAAUUUGAUUGUAUCCAACCGCCUGUCCCGUUUGAGAGUGCAGACAUGGAAUUCUGUGAAGUUAUUGGUGAUUUCAGCCCUGUUAACGCUGAGCUGAUAACAGGCCUGGACUCGGUCCCCAGGGUUUCCAGACCGACUCUGUCCGAGCUUAAUGUGAAAGGAUCCCCAUGCAUGAAGAACCUGUUUUCUCCCGGAGCCAGCCUCGUGCUGUCUCCUGUCACCAACCUGGCACUCAACAUGGAUAACCUCGCUGUGCUGGAAGGACAAUGUGAGACUCCCAAACGAAAGAAAAUCGAGAAAAAUGUGCCGUUUCUUAAGAUCCCUUCGUUCGCCUCCGACACUUCCUCUGAUGCAGGACUCGGUAUGGACUCUCCCAGCCCAGUGGAUCCAGUGGAUGCAGAACAAAAGUUUGAAGAGGUCAUACAGAAUUCUACCACUAUAAUUGAAAGGAUGCCUAUUCGCAGGAUACACUCGCUACCGCUACAGUUCUUGGGUCACAGUCCCAAUCUGAAGAGUAAAGAUUCAGAUCUUCCCCGCUAUGGAAUAUUCAGUCAAUCCUGCGCAGCCAGCUUGGCUAACAAAGAAAAUCUGCUUGAUACAAGUUUUGAGUUCAAGAAGCCCAUGCCUGUCGCUCGCUGUCGAUUGCGUUCAACUGGGGACGGAAAGGAAGCUUUUGCUGGCCGACCAAACUCUGCUCCUGCUCUUAUGCUUUCCCCUUCAUCCAGUCAGUUAGCCUCACCAGAUGGUAGCAGUCCCUUUACACUACGUCGUGUGUCCCUUUCUGGCUUUUCUAAUGAUGACGAUGGCUUUUCGGAUGUACUUGAUGAAGUUGAGACUGACUCUGAGGUUCCUAUAGGAAUGACGAGUUUACUCACAGCUCCUCUAGUGUCUGACCAAAGCAUGGAUAAUUCAGGCACGCCGGUUCGGUGUCGGCCACGAGGACUCUUCCGUUCACCCUCUAUGCCGGCUGUUGGCCGUGCCGCCCUUAAGAGGCCUGAUAGGCCUAGAGAUGAGAACACACCUGUGAGAGUGAAGAGGCGGCGGAGUGUGGCUGGUUCACAUGUAAUGGCUAUGGAACAGGAGGAUGAAGAUUUUCAUCAGUUGCAGCGCUCCAAAUCAUUUAAUCACACAGAAAUUGAAAGACUGUUGGACACUGACCCGAACAAUGUGAUUGGAGAUUUUACAAAGCCUCCAGCUCUUCCCACUGUGAAUGGAAAACAUCAAGACUUGAAGUAUAUCACUCCAGAAAUUAUGUGUGCUGCAAUUAAUGGGCAGUUCACUGAUGUUGUGGAGAGGUUAUUCAUCAUAGACUGUCGCUAUCCGUAUGAGUUUGAGGGAGGCCAUAUUAAGGGGGCACUAAACUUCCACCAUGAAGACCAGGUAGAGGAGUGCUUUUUUAAGCAGCCUAUUCUCCCAGAAUUCUCUGACAAGCGUGUGCUGUUGGUGUUCCACUGUGAAUUUUCAUCCGAACGUGGUCCUCGAAUGUGUCGCUUUGUUCGUGAGAGAGACCGCAUAUUAAAUGAAUAUCCCAACCUUCAUUACCCUGAACUCUACAUCCUAAAAGGAGGUUACAAGGAUUUCUUUCCCCUCUAUCAGAUGGAGUGUGAGCCCCAGGCCUACAGACCAAUGCAUCAUGAGGACUUUAAGGAAGACCUGAGGAAGUUUCGCCUAAAGAGCCGCACAUGGGCAGGAGAGCGUAGCAAGAGAGACAUGUACAGCCGCCUUAAAAAACUCUGAGACACGAUCAUGUUCUCAGGUUGACUGUCUUACUCGCCCACACACUGUUCAUUCAUAAUGUGGCAUAGACUUGGAAGUAUUUAAUAUGACUGGGUUAGGAUGUCUGCCAAUGACCUAAUGGUAUGCACACUACCUUAAGUCAACCAUACACAGUUUCACACACUGAUUGGAUCACUGCUAGGUGUUAAUAUAUUAAACCUCUUCCCCACCUCAACUCAAUACCUCAAAGCACUUACAUUCUUAAUGUUUAUAAUAAGUGCUUUUUCUUAUUUUAUGAUCCAGUUGGAACUCACUGCCCUACCUUUUUGUGAUGGAGCCAUAUACUUUGCGUAAUUAUAAUCAUUAUAGCACAACUAGCCGAUGCUUACAUGUCACUCAAUUAUGUAAAUUCCAAUAACAUGUAGGUCACUGGUUAUUUUAAAGAAUUUAUUUUUUUUAAGAUUUUACCUGUUAAUUUUAUGAAUGGUGGUUAAUUGUGAGCGGCCUGUUUUUAAGGGUGAAUGCAGUGUGUGGGGUUUGCUGUUUUGCACUGCCAUGUUUUGUGUUUAUUCCGAUUUGAAAUGGGAUUGCAUGUCUGAUACAGAUUUCUAUAUACAGUAAUUCAAAAUAUAACUAUAAAACCUCGGUUGGAGCAGCUUUUUUAACCGGUCACUCUCCCGAUCAAUUCCUCGGGGGGGGACAGGCCUGGCUGAUUGCUGCUGGUCAGCGUGAGAUGACCUUGAUGUUAACCCAAAACCUCAGCAAUAAAAUCGACAUGUAUUCAUUAUUUUUUUAGUAACACAUUGUGUUAAUUCCCCCUCUUGAUUCUAAUGUUCUGUGUGUUUGUAACCUGGUCUUGAGUCUGUGAUUUUGGCCAUGUUUUGGUCAGACUGUGUUUGAGUGGCUGUGUUAACUGCAAUAACUGUAAUUGAUGGGGGAAUAAAUUGCUUUAAGCUAC